AUGAGCUCUGAAGUGGAAGAGGAGCAGGUGGUGGCUUCAGAAGUGGACUACCAGAAAGCUAAGGAGGGAGCAGCCCCUUUCUCUGUGGAUCCCUCCAUUGGGACUCUUGGCGUUGGAGAAGCGAUGCAAGUCACGGUGGAAUUUCACCCACCAAAGACCGGUGUUUAUACAAGUCCCAUGAUUGUUCACUAUGACACAGGUGAAGAUGUUCACAAAAGCCUCUGUGGAACAGCUGUAAAUGCUGACAUCAGGCUUGACAAGAGCUCCUUGACAGUUGAGAAGACUUCCCUCACGCUGUCAAAGCAAAGUUCCCUGGUCAUCCACAACCAGAGUGGCAUCACGGCCCACUUCCAGUGGAAGCGUUUUGUUGAUGAGGAAGAGGAGGAGCGGCAGAAGCUGAGGUUUGUUUGA